GGCGCUGAUGCUGAUGGCUUGACUGUGCGCCCGCGACUCGACCAUCGCCGUCCAACAAGUACCACCACCAGAGACGAGCCGUAGCAGUCUCUCAUCCCCAGCACCCGGUUGCGACGCCAUUGCACCACCAUACCUGUCUGCGCAUUCGAGCCUUAUCCCCCCACACCCGUCGUCAUCCGUCCUCUGGGCGCUGCUUGGACCGCUCACCCCGCCCCGCCGCCAUGGGCUUCUUUAUAUCGCGAACAUGGCGACUGCCGUCAAUCGUCUGGUUCCUCAUGGUCUUCGAGCUGCCCUUUACCGUCGCCAAUCUUGCACUCUUCGGCAUUGCCUCACCAAACCUGUAUCGCACCAUCUUGUGGAAAGAGGGUGGACAGAGAGGCUUCAAUUCGGACCCCAUCACCGUUCUCUACUCGUAUGCCAACUACCGACCCGUAGAGACGCCCCUCGUAUGGAGCAGCUUCAACACGCAAUACCAUCUUGUCAUCGGCGUCGUGUGCACCUUUUUCUGGCUUGUCAAGGUGACCCUAUGGCUCCUCAAAGUUCUAUACCCGAUCCUGUCGCUUCCCCUCCACAUCGCCCUCGCCUGUCUAUGGGCAUACGGAAUCCAUGUCCAAACCGCUCCUGACACUAUCGAUCCACAACGCGUGAACAACGGACCACCGUGGUACAUUACAAAGAACUGCAAUAUUGUAGAAGACAAGAACAUCAGAAGCUACUGCAUGCAGGCGAAGAGCAGUUUCGCUGUUAGCAUCAUUAUGCUAGCAAUCUAUUCUGUCUUUGUCAUCAUGUCUGUCUGGUCUCUGAUUCCUACCACCGCUCAAAAAGAGGCACAUGCCGUCAGGAAAGCGGAAAAGAAGGCCGAGAAAGAGAAGUGGGAAUCUUCACCUUACGACAACGAAAUGACGGCUGAGGAACAAUGGCAACACAUGUGGGAACUGCAGCAAUUACCCCGUACUCCCGGCACAAUUGGCGGCAUGAAGUCACCUAUGACACCACGGACCCAAGCCUUUAAUAACCUGGGUGGUGAAGAAGCGGGACAUGGCGGUUUUUAUCCGCCUACGGGGCAGCAUGGAUGGUACGGCCCGCCGCAGCACGGUGGCGUGCCGGUGGAGACCGUCAGUCCAGUAAUGGAGCAUGAUGAGUACCCAUACGGCCAUGACAAUAGGGCGAAAUCUAUGGGAUGGGGUGGUAACGCGUACUGAGUACCGAGCACUUUUGUCAAAGAUAUUUUCUUGUGUUAUAUUUUGGGACACGGCGUUUGAGCGUGUGCACUUUUGAGAUACCACCGGGAGCUUCGUCUUCACUCAUUACUGGAAUAUGAGGGGCACAGAGGUAAUGGAUUCAGAGGGAUUCGAGAUCGUUCUC